AUGUAUUCACAGCAAAACGCGGCCAUGCCCGCACCCCAAAAACCAGAGACCUUCAUGUUGAGCUCGGAAGCCCAGCAAGCUCUCCCACACGAUGCUCAGGUAGCUCUGCAGCAAUCUGCAGUUAAAUACUUUCUUAUUUCUGCGCCAGUUGACUGGCAAGCCGACCAGUACAUUCGCCGCUUUCUUCUCCCAACGGGCGAGUACGUCUCCUGCGUUCUCUGGAACAACCUUUUCCACAUCUCCGGCACCGAUAUCGUAAGAUGUCUCUCGUUCCGCUUCCAGGCCUUUGGUCGUCCAGUAAAAAACUCCAAGAAGUUUGAGGAAGGCAUCUUCUCGGAUCUGCGAAAUCUCAAGUCGGGAACCGAUGCCUCGCUCGAGGAGCCCAAGAGCCCCUUUUUGGACUUUCUCUACAAGAACAACUGCAUCAGGACACAAAAGAAGCAAAAGGUCUUUUACUGGUACAGCGUUCCCCACGACAGGCUUUUCCUCGAUGCUCUCGAAAGAGACCUCAAGAGGGAAAAGAUGGGCCAGGAAGCCACCACCGUCGCCGUCAGCGAGCCCGCGCUCUCGUUCCAGUACGACUCGUCGCAGUCGCUCUAUGAGCAGCUCACCAAGGCUCAGCAGGCCAACUCUUCGUCUUUCAACAACGCCCAGCAAGUUUCUUUUUCUCAGUCCCAGUCCACCUCGCCGGUAAUGCGCGCCAUGGACUCGAUGCCACCGCCACAGAUGAUCCCUCAGUCGAUGGCCCCUUUGGCGGAUGGGAUGGACGCCAUGGUCCCGUACGGAGCGAUGACGAUGGCGCCCUCGAUGGCCCCCCAGCCAAUGAUCAAGCGCGAGCCUGAGUAUCCCCGUGCUCAGUACAACCAGAACGGUGUCCCAAUUGCCCAGACCCACCAAAGGCACGCUUCCAUGCCCGCGUACGGGUUGGAGUACUCUCCUGCGCCCUCAUUUGUGUCUUCUCACUUUGAGGACUACAGCCAAAGGGGCAUCUCCUUCGAGCCCUUGACGCCUCCUCAGCAGGCUCUCGGUAUUCCCAACGAGCCCGCUUACAUUGCCAACGAGGAGACCGGUCUCUACAGCGCUAUCCCCGACCACAUGAAUGUUGGGCUCAACGGCAUGAUGCAGCUCCCACCAUCAAACCUCGCUGGGCCAUCGUUCUCUCGCCCGUACGCUGCGAACAACAGCUUCUCUGUGAUCGAAGGAUCGCCGACAUACAAGCAGAGGAGACGGCGUUCAUCCAUUCCACCAUCCCUGUCGGCCACCACUGCUGCGAUUGCGACAGCGACCGCUGCUCAUCGUCCUUCGGACCUGCGGAGAUCCGUCUCUGCGUCCGUCGGUCCCGUUGCUGAGGGUGACGAGUCUGCGGAUAACUCCCCACCGGGCUUGACCUACAGCAACUCUGCUAUCUCUCUCAACAGCCAACAUCACAGGGAAAUGCUCGAAAUGUCUCGCCACGGUACUCCCUUGUCGACAGUUGAGGGCAGCCCUGCGCUCAACCCCGUCAACCUUCAGCAAGAUUUCUCGCCACUCAACGGUGAUGAGCUCGGCCCUCUGAACGAAAGGCCAAUGAUGCAGGGUGCUCCCGGUGUCGUGCGCAGAGCCCGCUCUGCCACGGUCAUGGAGCUCGGCCCCUAUCCCCAAAAGUCUCACUCCUGCCCCAUUCCCACAUGCGGUCGUCUCUUCAAGAGAUUAGAGCACCUCAAACGACACGUGAGAACCCACACACAAGAAAGACCCUACAUCUGCCCUUACUGCAGCAAAGCAUUCUCCAGAUCAGACAACCUAGCACAGCACAAGCGCACUCAUGAUCGCGGUGACGGUGUUGAUGGCAACUUCAGCUUGUCCGGCGAGGAGGAGGAGCAGUACUCUGGCGAGGACCAACUCGAGUCUCUCGAUGACGCGUCGCCAACCUCGGAGAACGGCUACGUCGCCGGUUCCCUCGACUCGGCUCUUCACAACCACCAAAACCAAAACGGCAUGCCACCAUCGAACGGUCCCAACAUGCACCAAGCGCCACAGCAAUACAACAGCCUUCAGACUCUUAGCAUGCCCAUGACGAUAAGCCACCCUCAGGCCAUCAACGCCGGCGGUAUGAUGUAA